AUGGCGGGGGUCCAACUCCGGUUCAGCACGGCGUUCCACCCCCAGACGGACGGCCAGUCCGAGGUGGUCAAUAAGGUGAUCGCCAUGUAUUUGCGCUGUGUUACAGGUGAUCGCCCUCACGCUUGGGUGGAUUGGCUGGCGUGGGCGGAGUACUGCUACAACACCUCAUACCACUCCGCCCUGCGCGCCACGCCAUUCGAGGUGGUCUACGGCAGGCCACCUCCGCCCAUUCUGCUGGUGGACCCGGCGACGGUGCGGACGGAGGCAGCUGGCGAGCUCCUCCGCGCCCGCGACGACAUGCUAGCCGAGGUGCGGCAGCGUCUGGUCCAGGCUCAGCAGGUCGCCAAGCACUACUAUGACGGCCGCCACCGCGAGGUGGAGUACGCGGUGGGUGACUGGGUGUGGUCGCGUCUGCUACACCGCUCUCACCAGUCCCUGGACCCGCGGGCGAAGCGCAAGCUUGGUCCGCGCUAUGCGGGGCCCUUCGUCAUCUUGGAGCGGAUUGGGACCUUGGCAUACCGCCUUCAGUUGCCUGAUGGGGCGCGCAUUCACGACGUCUUCCACGUGGGGCUGCUGAAGCCCUACCGCGGCGUGCCGCCGGACACCAUUCCACCACUUCCGCCGACGGCAGAGGGCCGUUUGCUUCCCAGCCCGGCCAAGGUGCUGCGCGCCCAGCUACGUCGUGAUGUUUGGCACUUGUUGGUGCAGUGGGAGGGCCUUCCAGCUGAGGAGGCAACUUGGGAACCACGUGAUGCGUUCCAGCAGCAUUAUCCAGACUACCAGCUCGAGGACGAGCUGUGGUUCGUAGAAAUCCCUUCGAACAUCAUCGUCACCACCAACACUGGCUGCUACUGGAGGAUGACUACGGUGAGAAAAGGCGGUGACGCAUACAUCGACCAGGGGUGGGCGGCCUUCGCCGUCGCUCAUCAGCUGCAGAUAGGCCAGUUCCUCAUCUUCAAGAAGGUGUCCACCUUCCAGUACAAUGUGGUCAUCUUUGACCACACCUGCACUGAGGUGAUGACCAUGUGCCGUUACCAUGGCGACGCCACCAGGUGUGUCGUCUUCCAAAGUCAUGUCUGA